AACAAGAGAGGAUAUAGAACACAGACAUUAAUAAGAAAGAGGGGUGCUGAAAGAGAGAGAGAUGUAUGUGUGUGUGUAACCCUGUGAAUAUGAGGAAGAUAUGAAGAUGAAGCAGCAGGACUAAAGGUGGAUUGCACACAGCCUUUCUCUCCCUGCAAGGGCUUGUCUGCAGUAUCCUUUGUAAAUGGAUGCUGGCUUGUGAACACGAACCAGAGGCCUUCCGUUGCCGUGGAGAUCUCACACACCACAGAAGAAACGGAAAAGAUUUUAUCAGGAAGAUCAAUUGAAACAGCCCAAAUAUCUAACUGAAGUGGAUGGUUGCAGAAGCCAAACAAGAGCAACACACCACAAGAGCCAUGUGGGAGGAGAGUGAGGGAGUUUUGCUAUUCACACGCAACAAGUCCAAACACUUUCUGUACUGACAUACGCUGAACGUUCCCCAUCCCUCCUCAAGAGCUUUUCCUCAGGGGAAGCCCCUGCUAUGUACCCCAGCUCUUUUGGCUUCAGCAGGCAGUCCAACCUCAGUGCCAGGCGCUGUGUGGGCAUCCCACAAGUCUGGGUUCUGCCCACACAGGACUCACAGACUGCCCCUGAACAAGAAGAAUGAAACACUCCUGAGUCACUCCUCUCUUUGGUGGCUCUCCUGUCUAGUGUUAAAUUGGUCUGUUGUGAAGUUUUGUCUGCCUCUUCCCCAGCAAGCUCCUACGUUUAGUGAAAACCUCUUCCACCAGCUCCUUUUCAGUCAAUCUAUAAUUUGCUUUCACAUCAAGCUGCAGCACGAGUUCCUUUGUGCUCGCCACGUGGUGGAGGACCAUGGGAUGCCGUCAGAGCUCGGAGGAGAAGGAAGCCGCGCGGCGCUCGCGGCGAAUCGACCGCCACUUGCGCUCAGAGAGUCAACGGCAGCGGCGUGAGAUCAAGCUACUGUUGCUGGGCACCAGCAACUCGGGCAAGAGCACCAUCGUCAAACAGAUGAAGAUUAUCCACAGUGGAGGCUUCAACCUGGAGGCAUGCAAGGAGUACAAGCCCCUCAUUCUGUACAAUGCCAUCGACUCUCUCACCCGCAUUAUUCGGGCCCUCACCACCCUCAAGAUUGACUUUCACAAUCCUGAUCGCGCCUACGAUGCUGUGCAGCUCUUUGCCCUCACAGGGCCAGCUGAGAGCAAGGGGGAGAUCACUCCAGAGUUGCUGGGGGUCAUGAAACGUCUGUGGGCUGACUCUGGGGUCCAGGAGUGCUUUCAAAGAUCCAAUGAGUACCACUUAGAGGAUAACACUGCCUACUACCUGAAUGACCUGGACCGCAUCUCUUCACCUGAGUACAUCCCUACCGUUGAGGACAUCCUACGAUCCCGCGACAUGACCACUGGCAUUGUGGAGAACAAGUUCACCUUCAAGGAGCUCACCUUCAAGAUGGUAGAUGUGGGCGGACAGCGUUCAGAGAGAAAGAAGUGGAUCCACUGUUUCGAGGGUGUGACUGCAAUCAUUUUCUGUGUCGAGCUAAGUGGCUAUGACCUCAAACUCUACGAGGACAACCAGACGAGCCGUAUGGCCGAGAGCUUGCGCUUGUUCGACUCCAUCUGCAACAACAACUGGUUCACCAACACGUCGCUCAUUCUCUUCCUCAACAAGAAGGACCUGUUGGCUGAGAAGAUCAAACGCAUUCCUCUGACAGUGUGCUUCCCUGACUACAAAGGUCAGAACACCUACGAGGAGGCAGCUGUCUAUGUGCAACGGCAGUUUGAGGACCUCAACCGCAACAAGGAGACCAAGGAGAUCUAUUCGCACUUCACCUGUGCCACUGACACCAGCAACAUCCAGUUUGUGUUCGACGCUGUCACGGACGUGAUCAUCCAGAACAAUCUCAAGUACAUUGGGCUGUGCUAG